AUGUAUCGGAAGUUGUCUAAGUUAGAACACUCGGAAAUAAAACAACUUCUUACAGAAGCUAACAUAGAAGUAGCAACACAUUACGCGACAAACAAAAAAGCACUCGCUGACAUCCUCAAUGACUACAAUGGUGAAAUAACUUAUGAUAGAAUUCAUGAGUUCAUAAAGCCGCAACGCGGCGAGGACGAAGUCCAUGCAAGAACUUUUCCUUUAAAUGACGUUGCUAUUGACUUAUAUCAUAGACGUUCAGUACCUCAUGAAGUAAGAAGAGAAAUGUUUGACAUAACAAAUGCAAACGUUGGUGAAACAAGAAGAAGAGACGACACACUGAAACAACAGAGAAGAGAGAUGUUUAAAAGUGCUAUAGAACAAGUUCGCAAAGCUAACGAUGUCAUUCGUUCCAUUGACGACAAACCAAAAGAAGGUGAGAGAUGGUUAAAGAAAGAUGAAGAGA